AAUUUGUUUUGUUUUCUUUAGCAGUAAUUUUAGUGGAAACGAAAAUACAUUCAGAGCGCUGUAAACAAGCCAGUUAUCUGCGAUUCUGCGGUACUUUAUAAGCAACAUGAACUUUAGCAGAUUUAUUUCACGUGUAAGUGCUGCACGGAAAGAAUCGCCUAUAAGAGAAACCACUCGAAUAAAGCUACAGAACCCAGAAGUUAUAUCUUUAGCUGGUGGAUAUCCCAAUCCUGCCAUGUUUCCAUUUCAAUCAGCCGAGAUUAAAACUAGAGACGGGUUGAAAGUUCAGUUUAACGAAGAGGACAUGAAAACUGCAUUACAGUAUUCUGCUUCGCAAGGAGCACCAGACCUAUUAAAAUGGGUAAAGAAGUUACAUGUAAAGUAUCACAAUCCUCCAAUAAUGAAAAAUGAAGAAAACGAAGGUUUUGCAGCUUGUGUUUCAUGUGGAAGUCAAGAUGGUUUGAUCAAAGUGUUUGAAAUGUUGGUCAAUCCUGGGGAUAAUGUAUUACUUGAUGAUCCUUGCUAUUCAGGAACCUUAGCUAUGGUAAAACCAAUGGAUUGCAACCUCAUACCAGUUACUACUGACCAUCAUGGUUUACAACCCAACAGUUUGUUGUCAGUUCUUGAGAAAUGGAAACCUGAGAGCUCCCAUGAUCCCAAAUCCGACAUACCCCGGGUACUUUACACAAUUCCAAACUGUGGGAAUCCUACUGGGGCAACGCAGACUUUGGAGAGAAAAAAAGAGAUUUACGCUAUUGCACAAAAAUAUGACUUGGUUAUAGUAGAAGAUGAUCCUUACUUCUUCCUGCAGUUUAAUACUCCAUCUCCAUCUUACCAAGCAAUAGAUGUGGAUGGGAGAGUUAUAAGAUGUGACUCUAUGUCAAAGGUAAUGUCAUCUGGUUUACGCAUUGGUUGGAUAUCAGGUGCUUACCCAUUUAUACAAAGGUUGAUAUUACACCAGCAAGCUUCUAUAUUACAUACAAGCACCUUUGUACAGAUGACGAUCAGUCGAUUAUUAGACCAGUGGGGAUUGGAAGGAUUUGAAAAUCACACAAAAAAUGUUCAGAAAUUUUACAAAGAACGAAGAGAUGCAAUGAUUAAAUAUGCAACAAAAUGGCUGACUGGUUUAGCGGAAUGGGCCGAACCAGAAGGAGGAAUGUUUCUUUGGAUUAAACUUAUUGGUGUGGAUGAUACAACAUUACUUAUCAAGAAAAAAGCUCUGGAGAAAAAAGUCCUGCUGUUACCUGGAUCUGCAUUCGGUGUAGUGGAAGGAACAAGCUCCUCAUUCUGUAGAGUUUCGUAUUCGUUUGCAACAGAUGAAGAAAUGGAUGAAGCUUGUCGCCGAUUGGCUGAACUUCUUCAGGAAGAACGUGGUUGAAAAGGGUGAAAACGAUCAUCUGCUGCUUGGAUUACACUUUUUUACCAUUGUACAUGGUGGUUGCGUACUGUAACGUCUAUUGCUGUUUAUUAUGGUGUGUUUGAGAUUUGUAGAUGCUUGAUAAAGUGUUAGUACUGCGCUCUCUCUAUGCGAUUUUACAUUAAGGGAAAUGGUGAACACGCAUUAUCAAGAACGAAUGCCUUUAAGUUUUAAACCAUAAACAUAUGGUAGGCGACUAAAGCUGUUUUGUCCAAAAGGUGGAUUGAGCGUUCGAUUGAGUAAGCGUCAUAACAAUAAUUUAAAUCUAUUUUAUUCUAGUUUGUAAUAAAGUACUGUUUUUUUUUUGAACGUGGUACUAGUACACAUUACUUAUGAACUGUGUUUUUGCAAGUAGAAUCUUUGUUUAAAAUCGAUGAAAUAAAUCAGUUGCACGU